UCAGUUGCUUCAAAACACUUUGUUAUUCAAAACAGAGUACAUUGGUGCAACUUUCGCACUUGGACCUGUUAGUUAAACAUAAAUAACUCUUACUUCGUAGUCAAGAGAGAAGAAAUUAUUUUUUUUAUAGCUAUGUAAUUAAUCUUCAGUACAAACGUGACUUUUUAUGUUAUUUCCGUGAAACCAUACAUUCUUAUUUGUUGUUUUCAGUCCAAAAAAUAAAAGUAUUUUUGUAGAAUUUUAUUAGGAAAAUUCCAGUGAAGUAGGUACCUAAACCUCACCUAGAUUUCCUAAUUUACAUUACAUGUAAAACAUAUGUUAUUUUUUCACGUCUAGUAAUAAACGCUUAUCAGGAGGUCGUUUCCUGAAAGCUGUUCAAAUUUUACAACUUUUUAAGUAAAUUCCUGAGUAAAAGCAUUUAUAUUAGUCAUUUAAUUAUUUUAAUGUACGCCACAAGCUGAUGUAAACGCGAGGUACGAUUAAAAUAAAAAAUGACGAAAUUGUCACUUUAUGUUGUCAACAAAAUGAGCCUAGACUUAUGUCAUUUCAAGAAUUAGAUGAACACUAGACCCUUUGUUACGAAAUGUCAUUAACAUCGUAAAGAUUAAUAGCUGUAAUUCAUAGAACUGUAGGCAAAAUAAUUUAAAGCAUGUCGCACUCUUACAGCGAAGAAAUUACAAGAUAUUUAUAAUUAUAACGCUUAUCAAUAUUUAUUCGCCGUAAACAUCAAGAAAUCCACUAGUGGAUGUAGAGUGUGCAGUAAAAAAAUAUUUUUAUCUUAAAGACGUCAUGCAAAAGCAUACAAAUUAAGGUAAAAGGUGUAGCUUAAUGUAAUUGAGGUUUUUGCGUCAUCAAUAGUGUAAUUGAUUGGAAAUAAUGCGUCACUUAAUAUGCUCUUUAAUAAACAAUGCUCCCAUGAACGACCCAAUUAAGGGUAUGAAUGGUCGCUUAUCUUGAUAUUAUUUUAUAGCCAUUUAUUAUUAACUAAUCAAAGGGAAUUUUUAUGUAUAUUAUUUGCGUCAUCAAAACAAUAAUCUAAUUAACUCACAUGGGCCGAUGCACUAAUUUGGUUAUGGAAAAAAUAUACGAAUAAUUGUUCUCUUUUGUUAAUUUUUUCCAAAUGAUUUUAAUCGAGCGCAAUAGCUGGACAAUAGCUUUAUUCGUCAUGUAGACAUCUGACACUGGUCCCGAAAACAGACGACCUAACAGUCAAUUUUUUCCUGGAAAUAAAACAUCCAUAUCAUAUGUUUGGUUACGUAUUUUCUUUUUAUUGAUAACUGGCUAAAAACUGCCUUUUCAUUACUUUUAAUAACAUACCUCUGAAUGCAUAAAAAAUAAAAUUAUGUAUUCACUUUCUUUAAAGUUCGAGGUGUUCUAACAUAAUGCAUUGUUUUAAUAAUAUAUCAAUGACGUCAGUUGGCUUAGGUUAUUUAGGUCACAUUGACAUUGGCUCCCAAAUCCAGACUGUUUUUUGUUCUUUUAUUCUUGGGAGCAAAAUAAAUUUAUGUAUGGUAAAAAAUAUCUUGUUAGUUGAACAAAAAUGAGCUUUAUUUUGUAACGUAAAGGACUUUACAUUGCCUACUAGUUUGAUUCAUUCGACUACAGUUAACAAAUACUUUCUGUAUCGCAAUCUUGAUUUAUUACCUCGGUGACUGUAACCCGACGACCUAUAAGCCACAGAGUACCUAUAAGUUCCUUAUUUCGUUGUGAAGUCUUAUUACGGUCAUACGUACAUCAUCAGGAUGUAUUCCCCUGAAGAUAGACUAGAGCUUGCGAGAGAAGUCCUUAAACUUCAGGAGAAACUUAACCGUUUGAGGCUUAAAAAUCCUCAAACGGAAGAAGCUAAGCAACUAAACAACAAAGAGAUCCAGAUAGCAAAACAACAAUAUGAAAAUAAGAAGUACGAGUUGGUCAUAAUGUGUUCACGGGAGCGGUUUGUUGAGGAUUUAGUGCAAAUGGCCCUCUUAUAAUUAGGUAAGUGCUCCUGCUGUUUUUAUCAAUCACACCUGGACUAAAAAUUUAACAAUAACAUCCUUUGUUUACUUUGCGAUAUUAAGUUGAUUCCUAUUACCUAGAAAGCUGCAGUAAGGUCAGUCUAGGGUUAAAAGCAUCGUCCUACUUAAAAACUUAGUGCGUAAAUAGUUGAACUAGUUAAUUUAAUUUGGAGUAAUUAAUCCAUUUGAGAGUUAACAAUAAAGAUAACGGGCGAGGAAUACCCUGUUUAUGUAGAACAAUUAAAAUCAUUGAACCGCAGGUGGCUAUUUAAUUUAUGCUAAUGGUCGGACAUGUGCGUAGGAUUUUACAAGGGUAUAUAAAGGUUUUUUACUACCAAACAAAGUUAGUUUACAAACAACUACCUAGGAAGGAACAGUUUUUUAUCAGUUAAUGUGCAUAGUUUUUUCUUUCUGAUAGAAUACGCUCGUCACAAAAGUCCUGCACCCCAAACAUGAAUACCAACGACUUUUUCCACUUUAUGGACCAACCAAAUCUACAGACUCGUAUAGAAGAGGAAUUUAAUUCAAUAAUUUCGGAGCAAAGAGAGGAGCAGAAUGGCUGUCUUCCAUUGGUGCAUUACCUUCGUCGUGAGAAGCUCAAUAAUGAAGCAAACCUGAAAGCGAGCUUCGUUGACAGUUACGAUACCCACCGAAAAUUCUUGUGCAUAAAAAAUCCAUAUGUGAAAGACCGUGACGUGUUUUGGCAAGCAGUGUGGGACAACAAAGUCCAAAUAAUAGUGAUGACGUGCCAGUUAAUUGAUAACACCUAUCAAUAUUGGUCUCCAAAAGAACGUUAUACUUUAGUGAGUAAGAAAUUUAGGGUUAAGACUUGGAAGAUUAUAAUCUUUCCUUACUACACUUUAACUGUCUUAAGUUUAAAUCAAACAGGACCUAAGUACAAGCGGAGCCGUCCAAUUUUUCACUAUCAAUAUACCGCUUGGCCCAGAGAAAAAUUUAGUCAUCAACCAGACGCCUUUGUAGAGUUUUAUAACUUUGUUAAUCACAUGUAUGCCAAGUUAAAGAAGCAAGUAGCUGAUAAGACAUUUAUUCCCCCUAUGCUGGUGCAUUGUAUCGAGGGUGUUGGCAGUUCCGAUGUAUUUUGUGCGUUAGAUAUGUGUGUCAACCAAUUAGAAGCUACAGGAAUCGUGUCAUUGCCACAUACCCUCGAAAAAAUGCGACAGCAAAAAUUUGGGUCCUUUUGCCGCUCAGAUCUCUAUGUAUUAUCCUAUCAAUUACUUAAAGCAUAUCUUGAUAACAAUUAGUCGAUCGGGCUCGAAUGUAAGUUUUGCCCGUUCAAUAUUUUAUAGCUUAUUUGACUGAUUAUAAAGUUUACAGUGUAUGUUUGAGUUUAAAGUAAUUAUGAGAUAUAAAUGAGCUACUUUUCUUAUGAACUAUGAGCCAGUGUUGUAAUUAAGAGCAAUAUUCUAAUUGCUAUUAAAAUGUAAGUAUAAUUUAAAUAAAGUUUACAUAAUCUUAACUCAAGUGUAUUUCCAAGAAAUCUGUGCUUUCUGCGAUAAGUGUCAUUUAAAAUAAACAAGUUUUAUGGUUUUGUUAUUGAUGAUCCGGACUUGGAGUUCACAAUACAUAUAAAAGAUAGGUUAUCACUUAAUUAUUCCAUUAAAUGAGCUUAUCAGCAGUAAUUCACGGAACGGGAGUGUCAUCCCUUGACUUUAAUUGAAUAUAAGCGCCAGUUGAUAGAUACUUAUCUAAAGUCAUCCUCGAGACUUCAUUACGUACAGUCGCAUUAUUAAAAAAUUAAAAAUGCAUUUACAACUCAAAGUGAGUGACCAAAAAUUAGCUGCAGUGAGUGAAGCACGAAUUUAGAAGCAGAAGAAAUCAAAACAAUUACUUAGAAGCUGUCAAGUCGGAGCAUAAUUACAUCGUAUCACAGCGAAUAAUUGGAUCGUUUGAGUACUUUUCAAGGGCAAAAAAUUAAAAAAAAAACCGUUACUUCGACGUCGCCUGCUUGGACAGAUCUCGAGUGAGGAUUACGCCUAAAGAAGCUGAUACUGACUACAUACAUGCUAAUUAUGUUGAUCAUUGUGGAAGACCAAACAAGUAUGUGGCGACUCAGGGACCUCUGAAAGAAACAGUUAAUCAAUUUUGGCAGAUGGUCUGGGAGCAGAAUUCUCGGAUUAUUGUCAUGCUAACGAAACUCCAAGAAAAUGGGAAAGAAAAAUGUGCUCAAUACUGGACUGCAUUUGGUAGCAAACAAAAUAUUUUUGUAACCAAUGAGUUUUCAAUCAAAACAUUGAAAGAGACCAAAAACAAUUCAGGAUACACUAGGUCACUAUUUGAAGUUUUCAAUUCCACUACCGAAGAAAGCAGACUGAUACUACAUUAUCAAUAUGUAGAUUGGCCAGAGUAUGGAGCACCUACCAACACCAAAUCGUUUACAAACCUUAUUUGGGAUGUAAAUGACCAAUAUCGGAGCACUUUAAUCAACGAAGUGAAUAGACUAACACCUGGACCUAUUAUUGUUCACUGUAGUGCUGGAGUCGGAAGAACAGGAACUUUUUGCGCUAUAGACUCUUGUAUCUAUCAACUAGCAAAGACUAAAGAAGUCUCAGUACCGAAAAUUGUAAUGCAGAUACGCGAACAGCGGUGUUUAAGUGUUAUAGCUGUAGAACAAUAUGUAUUUAUUUACACUGUGUUACAUGAGUUUUUGCAGUUAUUUGAUACGUCCGCUGAAAUGAGACAAUUCUUUUGUGAGCCUUGACUGAUGUACUUUACACGUUUGUAUUAAUUAUUUCAUAAAGUUUAUAAAGUAAUUAAAUUAUGAAGUGUGACUCUGAAAUAAAAACUGGUCCAAUAUUGUACUUAGAAGUAAUAUCGUACUUGUAAAUAGAAUGUAAGUCUUAAUUGAUUAAAUUUUUUUACAUUUUAUUUGAUAGUUUUAAUAACUUUUACACAAAUCUGUAUUUAAAUUGACACUUGUAGAGUCGAUGACUGUUUAAAUUUUGCGUGGGCAGAAAACGGAUGUCCUUUGGUUAACCAGUACCCAAAGUUCUUAUCAAUGAAAACUGAGGGAAACCAACUCGUAACUGUGAAUCAGAAUGAGUACUCCUGAUUGAGAAAUAACAUGAAUAUUGUAAUUGCUAAUUGCUCUCGACAAAAAUGCAGAGUCAUAACUAUAUUACCAAUAAAUCAGGACCUAUGUUAAGAUAAACAAGUUUUAUAGUUUUGUUACUGAUGAUCCGAGUAGAGGGUUCAACUUUGAAUAGACAAAAGAUUAUCACUAAAUAAAUUUAUUAGGCAUUUUUUAAUGAUUCACGGGUAGGAAAUAUCAUCCUGUGGGAGGUAACAUCCUGUGAUUCAAAGGGAUAUAAACGAAAGCUGAUAAAUACUUGUCUAUUGUCAUCCCCAACACUUCAGUACGUAGUCGCAUUGUUCGAAUAUUUAAAAUGAAUUUAAAAUUAAUUAUGUUUUCCCAAAAAUUAACUACACUGAGUGAAGAAGAAUUUAGAAGAAAAAGAUAUCAAGCUGGUUAUUUAAACACAAUCCGAUUCGAGCAUUACCUCAUCACGUCACAGCCGCAGAUUGGAUCGUUUGAGCACUUUUCGAAGCAAGAAAACGAAAAGAAAAAUCGUUAUCCUGACAUCAUCUGCUGGGACGCUUCACGUGUGAAGAUAACUCAAAAGAACUGUGAUACUGACUACAUUCACGCCAAUUUCGUGGACCAUUAUGAAACAUCGAGGAAGUUUAUAAUAGCAACACAGGGGCCUCUAAAAGAAACAAUUGAUCAGUUUUGGCAAAUGGCAUGGGAGCAAAACUCCCGUAUAAUUAUCAUGCUGACAAAAUUUCAAGUUGCCGGAGAAGAAAAAUGUGCUAAAUACUGGAACGCGGACAACCCACAAGUGAAGUUUCAAGCAGGUGAGCUGUCAAUCAAAAUAGUAGAUGUCACACAAAGUUCGGAUUACAUCACAACGAUAUUUGAAGUUUUUAAUUGCACCACCGAGGAAAGCAGGCUGAUUAUGCAUUAUCAGUACUUAGACUGGCCAGAUCAAAAAGUACCUCCUAAAUGCGAAUCAUUGAUGAAGCUCAUUAUAGAUAUGACUGAAGAGCAUCAGAAGAUUUUAAGAAAAGCAACAAAUGCACCCACUGGACCUGUUAUUGUUCACUGUAGUGCUGGGAUUGGAAGAACAGGAUCGUUUUGUGCUACAAACUUAUGUAUAACUCAAUUAGCAAAAACCGGAAAAAUCUCAGUACCCGAAAUAGUAAUGCAAGUACGAAAACAAAGACGUUCAAGUGUUUUCGCUGUAGAACAAUAUGUAUUUAUUUACACUGUGCUAUAUGAGUUUUUGCGGCUGUUUGACAUGUAUCCAGAGGUGAAACAACUUUUUUGUGAGUCUUGACUGAUGUAUUUUGCACAUUUGCACUAAUUAUGAGCUAAUAUUUUAUAUAAAAGUAAUAUAAUCGUUGUUAAAAUGUAAUCGUAAUUGAUUAAAAUUAUUAAAGGAAUUGACACUGUAAUUUUUGUGAAAUAAAAUGAUGCGCAUACCCCUCGUUUUAUUUCAAACUAUCAGCUUAGCAACCAAAUGAAAAGAAUACUCAUAUUGUAUUGCCAUUCUUAGGCAAAGAAUAGAUCAAAGAUGGCCUAAAUUCUGAACUUUUCAUUGUUAAGCCGAUCUCACUACCAGAUAAGGGUCAUAUAAAAAGAAAAUUAUGUAACAGUUUUCAGUACUUCAGUCUUGUCUUUCUUUUGUUUAAGACCUAUAACUUUCUUCUAAAAAAUGGAUCCUGCUACUAUUGCAAAUAUUUUUAGAAAAGUAUCGUCAACUGGCACUAAUAUAUUCCAUGAAAUUGCUGCUGAAGGCUCUAUUAUACUUUUGGAACGAGUAAGUCAGUUUAUAAUGCCCUCAAACAAAAUUCUUCUGCAAGAAAAUAACUACAGUGGACAGCAAUGUGUUCAUAU